UGAGAAGGAGGAGACUAAGCAGGGAAAAGGACUCAUGGCUUCUGAUGCAAGUCACGUGCUGGAAGCUGCCCUGGAGCAGAUGGACGGGAUCAUUGCAGGCACUAACACGGGGGUAGAUAUUAGCGAUGGUACCUGUGAGCCUGGACUGGCCUCCGCGGCUUCCUACAUGAACCCCUUCCCGUUGCUCCAUCUCGUCGAGGACUUGAGGCUGGCCCUGGAGAUGCUGGAGCAUUCUCAGGAGAGAGCAGCCCUCCUGAGCCAGAUCCCAGGCCCCACAGCUGCCUACAUAAAGGAGUGGUUCGAGGAGAGCUUGUCCCAGGUAAAUCACCACAGUGCUGCUAGUAAUGAAACGUACCAGGAACGCUUAGCACGUCUAGAAGGAGAUAAGGAGUCCCUCAUAUUACAGGUGAGUGUCCUCACAGACCAAGUGGAAGCCCAAGGAGAGAAGAUUCGGGACCUGGAAGUGUGUCUGGAAGGACACCAGGUGAAACUCAAUGCCGCUGAAGAGAUGCUUCAACAGGAGCUGCUAAGUCGUACAUCUCUUGAGACUCAGAAGCUCGAUCUGAUGACUGAAGUGUCUGAGCUGAAGCUCAAGCUGGUAGGCAUGGAGAAGGAGCAGAGAGAGCAGGAAGAGAAGCAGAAAAAAGCAGAGGAGUUACUGCAGGAGCUCCGGCACCUCAAAAUCAAGGUGGAAGAGUUGGAAAACGAACGGAACCAGUAUGAAUGGAAACUGAAGGCCACCAAGGCUGAGGUAGCCCAGCUGCAAGAGCAGGUAGCCCUGAAGGAUGCAGAAAUUGAGCGUCUGCACAGUCAGCUCUCCCGGACUGCAGCUCUGCACAAUGACCAUGCAGAGAAAGACCAAGAAAUCCAACGUCUGAAAAUGGGGAUGGAAACUUUGCUUGUUGCCAAUGAAGAUAAGGACCGUCGGAUAGAGGAGCUUACUGGGCUGUUAAACCAGUACCGAAGGGUGAAGGAGAUCGUGAUGGCGACUCAAGGGCCUUCCGAAAGAACUCUCUCAAUCAAUGAGGAAGAACUGGAGGGAGGUUUCAGAAACUGGAACACUGCAAAUAAAGGCCCUGAAGAACUUUUUAAACCAGAGGUAUCUCCAAGAGGUAGCUCUCCCACGGCAGGACCACCCCCGCUACCGCAGAAAUCACUGGAAACCAGGGCUCAGAAAAAACUCUCCUGUAGUCUCGAAGACCUGAGAAGUGAAUCCGUGGAUAAGUGCGUCGGUGGGAACCAGCUGUCCCCAGUGGUAGAACCCAAGGACGGCCCUUUCCUGGUGGAGCACAAGUACCCCACGUUACCUGGGAAGCUUUCAGGAGCCACGCCCAACGGAGAGGCUGCCGGAUCUUCUCCCACUGCCUCCCCACAUGACCCUGCAGGGAGCGGCCUGCUGAGGCUGAAUCGUGGCCGGAGUGUCAGUGCCCCCGUGCUAGGAGACACAGAAAGUGGUUGGGACGACACUGCUGCGGUCAAUGACCUCUCAUCCAUGUCAUCGGGCACCAAGUCCAGCCCCCAGUCUCCCCUGACACCAGAUGGUAAACGGAGCCCCAAAGGCAUCAAGAAAUUCUGGGGAAAAAUCCGAAGAACUCAGUCAGGAAAUUUCAACACCGAUGCCCCAGGGGUGGCCGAGUUUCGACGAGGUGGAUUCCGGGCAACUGCAGGGCCAAGACUCUCUAGGACCAGAGACCCCAAGGGUCAGAAAAGUGAUGCCAACGGCCCCUUCGCCCAGUGGAGCACAGAGCGUGUGUGUGCAUGGCUGGAGGACUUUGGCCUGGCUCAGUACGUGAUCUUUGCCAGGCAGUGGGUGACUUCUGGCCACACGUUACUGACAGCUACCCCUCAGGACAUGGAAAAGGAGCUGGGAAUUAAGCACCCUCUUCAUAGGAAAAAGCUGAUUUUAGCAGUGAAAGCUAUCACCACCAAGCAGGAGGAGAAGUCUGCACUACUGGACCACAUCUGGGUGACACGUUGGCUUGAUGAUAUUGGCUUACCCCAGUACAAAGACCAGUUUCACGAAUCCAGAGUCGACGGGCGAAUGCUGCAGUACCUAACUGUGAAUGAUCUACUUUUCCUAAAAGUCACCAGCCAACUACAUCAUCUCAGCAUCAAAUGUGCCAUUCACGUGCUGCAUGUCAACAAGUUCAACCCUCACUGCCUGCACCGGCGGCCAGCUAAUGAGAGUAACCUUUCUCCUUCAGAAGUCGUGCAGUGGUCCAACCACAGGGUGAUGGAAUGGUUGCGGUCCGUGGACCUGGCGGAAUAUGCGCCCAACCUUCGUGGGAGUGGUGUCCACGGAGGUCUCAUUAUCCUGGAGCCACGCUUCACUGGGGACACACUGGCCAUGCUUCUCAAUAUCCCCCCACAAAAGACACUCCUCAGGCGUCACCUGACCACCAAAUUCAAUGCCUUGAUUGGCCCUGAGGCUGAGCAGGAGAAGCGAGAGAAAAUGACUUUACCUGCUUAUACGCCACUGACCACCACAGCCAAAGUCCGGCCAAGGAAACUGGGGUUUUCACAUUUUGGAAACAUAAGAAAAAAGAAGUUCGAUGAAUCGACAGACUACAUUUGCCCAGUGGAGCCCAGCAACGGUGUCGGUGACAGUCACAGGGUCUGUAUUGGCGACCAGGGCCUCAGCCCCCUCGAUGCCCCUGAACUGGAUGGACUGAACCAGAUGGCACCUUCGGAAGGCACCCUGAUGCAGAUAGGGCUCCUCUCCCAAGACAUUCACCGCCUCACGACCAUGCUCAGCCAGGACCAGCUGCUGACCGACUCCCGCCUGGCCGCUCCCAGCUCUGAGGACUGGUGAUGACUGUCUUAUCGCUGGCAGCCUGGAGAGGCACGUCUGAUGGCCUGAGUCUGCUUCGAUGGGAAGCUGGCCCAUGGCCACCCGUGGAGCCCAGGCUGGGCUGCAGGGCAUCUCCAACAUGGGUGCUGACGGGACAAAGCGGGGCUGUGGAACAGAUGUCCAGGAGGUGGCCCACAUGUCUUCAACUGUGCUGUGCUCUUCGUCACAGCUUUUAUACCUUUUGUACUUUUAUACGUGGACUGCAGACCACUUUCGUGGGGAGGGCGAUGAGAUGCCAGCACAGACUCAAUGACUCACGCCAUCCCUGGUGACAGCUGGGGGUUCUUACACCCAAGGGGAAGGGCUGUGAGUCCUAAAAGCUUUGCUGGAAAAAUAAUUCUGAAUGUUCUGAGCAGGGCGAAAUGGUAGGAAACCCCCUCCUGGGCUGCUUCCAUACAGAAACGCGUAUUCUAUUUCCUUUCCCAGGAAUCUGGCUGGAGUGACAGCAGGGAAGGAGUAACGGACUCCCUUCCCGCUGUCCUCAAGCCACCCGGUGUCUCAGGGCUGUGGGGCCUCCCAGCACCUGAGCACAGGCGUCUUCGAAGCCUUUCCCUUCUCAGCCUCAGAGGCAACUGUCUGAUCAAACCGGCAACCCCCUCUCCCAGCCACCCCGAGGAAGGCCCUCAGGCACCCAAAUCAACAUUUCCACCGCAACACAUCUCAGGUAUGCCCUACCUCAGGGAGAGGUACCUGCACACGUACCGGCCACACAAUCCCCACCCAACCAGCCUUCCCCCUUAGCGAUGGCCCUUCUUCCUCCCUGUGGCGGCUCUAGCUCUGGCCUCAUCUCUAUCUAAUUUCCAUGGUGGGUCUCCUACUUGGUCCCUCACCCUUCCUUUCCAGUUAGUCCCCUCCAGGUGUUCUCCACCCCAUCCCCCGAGGGACCUUCCCAGAGCACUGUUUCAUCCUGUUCCCUGCUAAGAACUCAGUUCCACAACUACCACAGAUUAGUGUUCAAAAGCCUGAGCUGAAUCUUCGGCCUUCCACGCUCUAGCCUGUGCUCCUGCCUUUCCCUCCCCGUGGAAUGUGCUUUUCUCCUAGUCUCUUUCAGGAAGCCUUCGCUGGUGUUUGUUAGGGUUGGAGGUCUCUGUCCCACGGUGCUGACCUUGGGCCCGAGCACUUCCUGGCUCACCUUGAAGUAAUGUGUCAUCUUUCUCCCCUUCCACACCUAUCCUCAACACAACCUCACUGAGCACCUGCUAUGGAUGGGUUCCUGUACAGACAGGAGUAAGACCCAGUCCUAGCCCUCUGAUGGCCCAGGAGAUCCAUGAUGCUAAGUUCUCCAUCCACUCAUUCCCUCAUAUGUGCAGGUUGAGUACCUCCCAUUCUGGGCUAAGGAGCACUGGGGCUACAGGCAUGAAUGUCAAGGUCCUUGCCUGAGGGUGGGGAUGGUCCACUGUGGGAGUACAGAUCUGUUUCAGACAAGAGUGUGCUGAACAAUACAGAUGCUCCAAUAGAAGUGCCUACAGCCCCAAAGAGCAAACUGUCAUUUUUAAUGGAGGGCUGGGGACAAGGACUGAAAAGGCUCCAAGGAGAGGUGCUACUUGAAUUUUGAAAGAUGAAUCAGCUUCCUCAAGUAUGCCAGAGGGGAAAGGCACUCCAGGCAGAGGGACCUGAAACAACCCUGCACAUCCAAGGAAGUACCCGAGGUCAGUAUGAUGAGAGAAGAGUUUCCUGACCUCUGCACUGCUGUCAUUUGGGGUUGGGUAAGUCAUUGUGCUCGGGGCUGUCCUGUGUGCUCUUGGAUGUUUAGCAGCAUCCUUGGCCUCUCCCUCUACCCUCUAGAUGCCAAUAGCACCCCUCUAGUUGGGACAACCAAAAAUGUCUCCCGACAAAAUCACCUCUAGCUGAGAACCAGUGGGCCAGAGAAUGGGGUCAGAGUGGGAGGCCCAAGGAAGGCCAAAAAUGUCUCCCGACAAAAUCACCUCUAGCUGAGAACCAGUGGGCCAGAAAAUGGGGUCAGAGUGGGAGGCCCAAGGAAGGAAGAAUCGGGGGAGGUCAGCUGGAGCCAGAUCGAGAAAGGCUGUGUAAGCCAGGCUCCUGAAAUUUAUCUUGGGGACCCAGGGUGUCCAGAUACGGACUAGUGAAAGCAGUGAGAGGUUUAAAGCAGGGGACAAGCAUGGUUGUGAUUGGUAUUUAAGAAAAACAUCUGAGGGUAGGACCUUCGAUGUGCAGUGCCCAGCAUUGUGUCUUUCUCUGAGUAGGAAACUCACUAAGGAUGAGCUCAACAGGUGGACAGACGAAGGCUAAGCUGCUGCCUCCCCCCCGUCCAUCUGAGAGACAGCCUGUGUUAGGCCACCCCAUGGGCACUACAGAGCUGUACUUCACAGAAUUCUCUCAAGCCAUGUUCCUCUCUCUCUCUCUCCUGUGUCCCUUUGCCCCACCCUCUGACGCACAUACACGUGCGUAAGAGACCCCGUGACACCAACUUCAAGCAGUGCUGCUACUCUGCCAGUUUUUGCAAAAUGGGAACACCUUGGCGUUAAACUCAGGUUUGAAGCCCAGCCCUGCCACCUAAUGGCUGAAUGACCUGGGGAUAGUAAUUUCAUCUCUAAGCCUCAGUUUCCACAUCUGUAACCUGGAGAACAAAAUCCCCACAGAUAUUUCUGGUUCACUAUCAGAAUUAUAUAAAAUCAAGAGCAGGGGGGGAGAGCAGCCAAGAUGGAAGAAUAAAAAGACCCAGAGCUCACCUCCUCUCGGGAGCACCCCAAAAUCACAACUGUCUGCAGAAAAACCAUCAAUGAAAAAGCCUGGAACCUACCAGAAGGGAUCUUCUACAGCUAGAGACUAACCACAACAAAACAGGUAGGAAGGGUGGGCUUGCAACAUAAUCAACUCCCAUUUACACCCCCCCACCCCUGCUGAGGUGGGCAACUGGAGAAUAAUUAUAUUACAGAGAUUCUCCCACAGGAGCAAGAGCUCUGAGCCCAUCAGGCUACCAAGCCCAGGGGUCCAGCACUGGGAAGAUGAGCCCCACCAGGGCAAUUGAUUUUGAAGGCCAGUGGGGCUUAAUUUCAGGAACCCCAUAGGACCGGGGGAAACAGAGACUCCACUCAAAGGGCACACACCAAAUCUCACAUGCACAGGGACACACAGCAAAAGUAAUUUGAUAAGAGCUUGGGCCAGACCUACCUGCUGGUCUAGAAGGGUCUCCUAGGGGGUGGGGGCGGUUCACCCUGGGGACAGACACUGGUGGCAGCCAUACUGGGGAGCAUUCAGGAGACUGAACAUGGUUGAUUGUUGGCAGCUGACAUCUUGGCUCAUUAGCUCCAAGACAGGCCCUGCCCAACAGCCUACUGGUGACAAUGCCUGGGAUGCCUCAGGCCAAACUAACUAGGUGGGGACACAGCCUCACCCAUCAGCAGAGAGGCUGCCUACAGACUAAAGAGCCUACAGCUGCCUCUGGGCUCACUACUGCUGGACACAGUCCUGCCCACCAGAGGGCCAAGACCCAGCUCCACUCACCACUGGACAGGCACUGGCCCCUCCUACCAGGAAGCCUGCACAAACCUCUAGACCAGCCUCAACCACCAGGCGGCAGACACCUGAAGCAAGAAAACUGGUUCCCCAACACAGGCCAGACCCUACCCUGGGACCAGCUGGGCCCUGGCCCUGCCCACUAGCAGACCAAUGCAACCUUCAGGACCCCGUAUUCAACUGUGUCAGGAACUGGUGCCCCUUCCACAAAUAAGCUCUGGGGUCCCUGGGCGCUUCAGCUAGACCCCAGGAAACAGCUCUGACUGCCAGGAUCUGGCACUAACCCCAGGACCUGGCUUCACCUGCCAGUGGGUGGGCAGCAGCCCCAGAGUCUUUGGGACUCUGACUCCACCCACCAGUGAGCCACCGCUAGCCCCAGAGGACCCUAGCGUUUCACAACCAACCAGACUAGGGCUCAACCGAGCCUCCCAAGCUGCCUACAUGGUCAGUCUACCACAACAGAAGGAUCCACACAGCUCUCUUAGGGGGAACCCUAGAGCAUAUGGCUUGGGUGACAAGAGGGAUGUGCACUGCUGGGACACAUAGGAUGCCUCCUACAGAGGGCCACCUCUCCAAGGUUGAGAAACAUAACUAACUUACCACAUAAUACAAAUAGCAACAUAGACAAAAUGAGGCAGUAGAGGAAAUCACUACUGCUGAACAGAAAAAAAGGAAAAAGAAUGAAAAGAGGAUAGGAUGUGCACUGCUGGGACAACAUCAAGUA